AUACUUUACAGAAGUACUAAACGAAAAUUGGACUGCUGAACAUAAUAAUUUUAUAACCUAUCGGGACCUUCGAAGUCAAUUUCAGUAUUGGACAAUAAAUGGGAUCAAAAAGUUAUCUGAGAUAACAGUUGUGUACAAUGUAGAGAAUAAUAAGAUACACAUAUACGUCAUUGGUAAGGAACCGCGAAAAAAUAAUGGCUUAUAUUCUUGUAAGCUUGAUAAAUUUCUAGGAAUUAAAAAUGAUUCAUAUGAAAGUGUUUAUAAACUCUUACCGAGGGGUAAGUUUGAGGAUAAUGUAAUUAUAGGUGGAAAUGCAAAAGUGUAUGUUGACCAGUCGCUUUGGGAUAAAUAUUUAGAAGAAUGCAAAGAGCAAGACCUCCAGUUUAAUUUUUUGAAAAUAGCUUCUAAUAAAGAAAAGUCUUUGUUUUUAAUUAGUCAGGCCCCUAAUAGUGACUAUUUUAUUUAUAGUGAUGAUGGUUCAUUACAUAUGGGUGAUUUUAUAUUAAUAAUCACUAUAUAUGAAUUAUUUUUCUUGACAUUAGAUGCAAAGUUUAUUAGAAACCCAUUCCAGCCUUUUUUAUACACAGAAGAUGAUGUGGAUUUGUUAGAUUAUGUUAAUUCAACUAACAAAUAUAAGAAUUAUAGGAGUUAUUUUACAUCUUUGUUCCCAGGUUAUUGUUGGAGCAAUAUUUUACAUGCCCUAAUGUAUAAAGUUGGCUAUUAUGUUAGAUUACCAAAGCAUGAGUAUAAAAACACCGAAGAGAUAAUGGAUAUGUGUUAUCAUUAUCUCCAAAUUUUGGGAAAAGAUAAAAUUACUGAAUUGACUAGUUGUAAUUUUAGUAAUAUUAUAGAGGCUUACAAUAAAUUGACAGCUUGUAUAUCAAUUCAUUUUGAUGAAAAUGCCCCACAGAUAGUAGUGGAUGGGGUAGAAAUUUCUCAUAUUUUAUUUGUAGGCAUGGAUGCUUACCAUGAUUUUGAUUUUCAACCACAUUUUAUUAAAUGUUAUUCGUUUGAUCAUUUUAUGGUAAAUUUUGGGGAUUUGAUAUUUGGUGCCCUUCCAAAAUAUCCAGGAUAUCAUUAUGAUGGAGAUGAUCUUAAUUUAAAAAGACAAGUGAUUGUAAAUAAAUUAGAAUUUCAAAGAAUGAGAGAUAGUUGGACAGAUGAACAAAUUGUUAAUGUUUUUAUGGAGUUAGAUUACUCUAUGGUUAACAAUUUAUUAAACCAUCAUAGUGUUAAAACAUUACAUGAUGCUUUUGUAAUGUAUCGUGAUUAG